GCUCAGCGGCCAUGGCUCACGGGCCCAGCUGCUCCAUGGCAUAUCGGAUCUUCCCGGACAGGGGCACGAACACGUAUCCCCUGCAUCGGCAGGCGGACUCUCAACCACUGCGCCACCAGGGAAGCCCCUGACUCGUAUCUUGUUUCCAUUCUGGCUUCUCUUUGCUGAGCAGUGGUGACAUCAACAAUUUUCUUACCUUCAUGUUCCAAGUGUGAUGCAGGCACCAUUUCCAUGUUCACAUUGCCCCCAGUACCAGAGAUUGCAAGUGAGGCUCUCCCAAGAACUUUCUCAAAGCAUUCCGCUUCUAUGGACUCACUAUAAUGGUCCUCUGAGCUUCUGCAGCUCAUUAAGCCUCCAGCUAGGCAGUGAGAUACAAGUCUCAUCUUCUUUCAAGCACUCCAAUCUAUUUAGGUAACAACUACAUUCUCCUAACGCUUGAUCAGCAUGAAUUUCAACAGAUGUCUCUAUAAUAUUGGGGAACAGCUGGGCAGUGAAGACCUGGCUGCCCUCAAGUUCCUGAGCCUGGACUACAUUCCACAUAGGAAGCAGGAACCCAUCAAGGAUGCCUUGAUGCUAUUCCAGAGGCUCCAAGAAAAGAGAAUGUUGGAGGAAAGCAACCUGUCCUUCUUGAAGGAGCUGCUUUUCCGAAUGAAUAGACUGGAUCUGCUGCUCACCUACCUGGACACCAGUGAGGAGGAGAUGGAGAGGGAGCUUCAGAUGCCGGGCAGGGCCCAGAUCUCUGCCUAUAGGGUCAUGCUUUUUCAGAUUUCAGAAGAUGUGAACAAACUGGAAUUGAAGGACUUCAAGUUUUUUUUGAGCCAGGAGAUCGCCAAAUGUAAGCUGGAUGAUGACAUGACCUUGCUUGAUAUUUUCAUAGAGAUGGAGAAGAGGGUCAUCCUAGGGGAAAGAAACUUGGACACCCUGAAAAGAAUCUGUGAGCAAAUCAACAGGAGCCUCCUGAAGAAAAUCAAUGAUUAUGAAGAACUAAGCAGAGAGCAAAGAAUGAGCCUUGAAAGAGGUCCGGAUGAAUUUUCAAACGAUGUUUCACAAUUGCUCAUGAGGGAGGGCUCUCUUGAAAUGCUGGCCAUGUCGGACUCUCCAGGAGAAAAGGACAGUGAGUCACAGACAUCGAACACAGUUUACCGAAUGAAAAGCAAACCUCGGGGAUACUGUUUGAUCUUUAACAAUUAUGAUUUUAGCAUAGCAAGGAAGGAUGUGCCCAAACUUCACAGCAUUAAGGAUAGGAAUGGAACAGACUUGGAUGCAGAGGCUUUGAGAAAGACCUUUAGCGAGCUUCAUUUUGAGAUAGUGCAUUACAAAGACUACACUGCGAAGAAAAUCUGUGAGGUUCUGAAAUCCUACCAAAGCAUGGACCACAAUAACAAGGACUGCUUCAUCUGCUGCAUCCUCUCCCAUGGAGACAAAGGCAUCAUCUAUGGCUCCGAUGGGCAGGAAGCCCCCAUCUAUGAGCUGACCUCUUACUUCACUGGUUCAAAGUGCCCUUCCCUUCUUGGCAAACCCAAAAUCUUUUUUAUUCAGGCUUGUCAAGGGGAUAACUACCAGAGAGGUAUAGCUGUUGAGGCUGACUCAGAACAGAAGGAAGCCUAUUUAGAAAUGGAUUCAUCACUUCAGAAGAGAUAUAUCCCAGAUGAGGCUGACUUUCUGCUGGGGAUGGCCACCGUGAACAACUGUGUUUCCUACCGAAGCACCAUGGAGGGGACCUGGUAUAUCCAGUCACUUUGCCAGAGCCUGAGAGAAAGAUGUCCUAGGGGUGAAGAUAUUCUCACCAUCCUCACCAAGGUGAACUUUGAAGUAAGCAAUAAGGAUGACAAGAAAAAUAUGGGCAAACAGAUGCCACAACCUACUUUCACACUGAGAAAAAAACUCUUCUUUCCCCUUAAUUGAUGCUAUUGUUUAGUUGCAUAACUAAACAAUAAUUAAAAUGCUGCUAUUUUAUUCACUUUCUUUUUUUUUUCUUGAUAUCUAGAAGAAAAGGGAAUGGGAAUUAGAACAAUAUAAUUUUCAUGCAAAUUCAGGCUAAAUCUCUGGUUUUGCAAUAGCUAGACUGUCAUAGCUGUAGACGUAAUUUUAAUUGUGUUUUUAAUUUGAUGAAAAGGUUCUAAAAUGAACUUAUAGUAGAUACAAAGAGUAUAGUAAGUUUAAAAGAAAUGUCAAAGAUCACUGAGGGCGAUAUUUGUGAUCUGACCUGGCUAAAAAAUCCCCUGUGCUGAGGUUGAGGGUAUAAUGCUCUCACAUCCAGCCUGAUUGCUGGUGGUGAGUUGUGACAAGCUAUCCCAGAAACAUGUGAGCUUCCUCUCCUGCGCCAUGAGCAGACUUUGCUUUUCAGUGGUGAAAGACACCACUGUUUAGACUUAGAUUUCAAAAACCUAAGCAUGAUUUUCCUUGUUUUUAUUACUCAUAAGUACAGUAUUCAGCUCACUUUUAAGAGGAAUGAUGUUAAUUGGAUAUUGGGCUUCCCUGGUGGCGCAGUGGUUGAGAAUCCGCCUGCCAAUGCAGGGGACACGGGUUCGAGCCCUGGUCUGGGAAGAUCCCACAUGCUGCGGAGCAACUAGGCCCGUGAGCCACAACUACUGAACCUGUGCGUCUGGAGCCUGUGCUCCGCACCAAGAGAGGCUGCGACAGUGAGAGGCCCGCGCACCGCGAUGAAGAGUGGCCCCCGCUCGCUGCAACUAGAGAAAGCCCUCGCACAGAAACGAAGACCCAACACAGCCAAAAAUAAAUAAAGAAGCUUUCAUUAAAAAAAAAAAAUUAAUAAACAGAAACCCCAGUUAAAUAGAGUAGGUAGACCAGAAGGGGGAGCUCUCAUGCCCUGAGAUGGUAGCAGAGCCCAACAGGAAGAAAGACUCUUAUUCUUUCCUGGUAAAAACUCAGCCAAUGAAAAGCCAGACUCUUUGUUUACUGUACCCCUCCCCAUUUACUUUUACCCUCUGUAAAAACAUUCUUCUUCUCUUGCUGUGUGGGGCCUUGCACAUGGCUUGCCAUGGCUGCAGACCCCAAAUUGCAAUUUUUUGCUGCUCCCCAAUAAACUCAACUGGAGAGAUAACUGGCAGUCUGUUUGUUUUAGGUCAACAUUUUUGGUGGUCCAUAUGGGGACCAGAGAAGAUCCUCAAUGGCUCUGGGCUGGUGGGCAAACAAGUGUGGUACCCACAAUCAAGCCCAUUGAGUUCACUGUUUUCCUCAAUGACCCUGGAGUUUGAAGGUACAUCUUUCUCCUGGAUCUGAGCUCAUGCCCUCUUUGCCGUUUGAAGUUCUCUGGGCUUUAUUCAGGAUCUAUUUUAAGGUUUUAUCUUUCUUGUUAAGGCCUUGUUCUAUGUGCAAGUACUUGUUUGGCACAUUGGUCUGAUUUUGAGAUUAAACUGUUUCUACUGAAGCUGGUUGAGAAGUUGUCAGCCCAUUCCUUUGGGAACAGGAGCUGCUUCACUGAAACUGUCAGUUCAGCUGUUGGCCCAUUCCUUUGGUACAGGGGCUGUUCUCUGGAAACUGGCUGAAAACCCUUGUCUGGCUUCUCUGGGGUCAAGCUGUUUCCUUAGAACUGGCUGGUAUUAGCUUGUAGGUUGUGUGAGUUGCAAGCUGUUUGAAAAUUAUUCUUUUAUUCCAGAGAAAAACCUCUGAGAAAUGGGACCCCAGUUAUCUAAAUAUUUUGCUUUUGCCCCCCACCCUCACCGCAGGGACUCUAGCCAAUUUUAUGUUUAAAAACUGUGGUCCUUUCUCAUGUGCAUUUCUAGCUAAAUGGACUGACCCAAUCAAAGGCAAGUUAGGAUCUCAACAGCCAUCACAGGGAACUUUUGAAAUCCCCAAACUUAAUUUUCCUAAAACCAAAUUGGACCACAACAGUUCAAAACUUUCUAGAACUGAGUGGAAUGCUUAUUUUGAGGCUUCCAAAUACUAUCAGGAGUCUAAAAUUGCCUCUCUGCAAAAUAAGAUCUUAAGGUUAACUGAGGCAAACAAAUAAUUAAAGAAAGAUAAAAUGGCUCCUGAAGCUUUAGGCUCUUGUUCUUUGGCUUCUUUGUCUCAGGCUGCAUCUCUGACCCCAUCUUGAGUCUCUCCCUUGGCUCCUUGUGACCAGGCUCUGCCUCUGGCACCAUCUUCCUCCUUCCCUUCUAUGCUGCCUGUACUUCCUCUAUAUCCUUAGUUCCCCUAUACUAAUUCCUUUACUGAACUUCCCCUUCUUUCUGAAAUUCUCCCCACUCCUUUUUCCUCUGAACUUGUCAGAACCUGUUCCUUUAAAAUUAAGCUGUCUGAGGAUCCAGAGCCUUAAUUUCUCAUACUCCUUGGACUAAAGCUGAACUGUGAACCAUAGUCAAAGAUUCACCCAAAGUAAACAAAGACCCUCACAGAUUUGCUCAGGAAUUUACUAUAGUCAUUCGAACUUACUGACCUGGUUUCUCUGACUUAUAUCAGAUAGUUCAUAUGCUUGUUGGUAAAGGUCAGGCCCAGCAUUUGAUGAAAACUGCUAAUUGAGGAAAUCCUGACAGGUCUCUAAAAUUACAACCAAGAAACCUGCUAACUUAUUACAUGGCUUGAGCAACCACUAGGCGACUCCAUCACGUGACUCCUAGGGCUUUUCCAAAGCCUGUUGAUUGGAAGAAAAUUUCAGGCUUGCACACGAAAAUCUGACAAACCUAUUCAUGAUGAUUACAGUUGACUUCAGAUUGUUUUUAAAGAAAAUUCUGGUCUUUCUAUAGAGAUUGAUUCCACUCAGGAAGCUUUUAAUUCUAUAUUUAUUAAUGGGUUGAACUGGGAUCUUUCCCUUCUAUAAAAAGGACCAGACGGAAUGGGAAACUACAUCCACUCCGGAUUUAGUGAAUCUGGCAAACCAGUGCUCUCACACGCUAGAUGACUCACCUAUAAGGAAGACGGCCAAAAUUCUUAAUCUUCAACCCCAGAAAAUGGAGUCUCCUAAAUGAGACCAGAACCCUCCUAGUUUCUCUUGUUAUUGCAAAGAACCAGGACUUUGGAAAAGAGAUUUUACAAAUUCAAGCACUUCAGGUACAUUUAGCCCUCUAAGCUUCCAUUCCAACAUCCUCCCAAUUCUCAGUGAUGAGGCUCCAAGGAACUACAGGGGUUCCUCCCAAUCCUUCCUCUUAAUUGGCUUGGAGAAACAUUUCUCCAGGUUGCGGAUGAAUCCCUCCUGUCCUAACAGACAUCAGAGCCACACUCUCAGUGCUCAACCGCACUACUAUAAAGCAGCCCCUGCCUCAGAAUACUAAAACAAUUCACAUAGUGGGGAUCUCUAAUGAGCUGCAAGAGAGUCCUGUCUCUGAACCUAUAUCCUUUCAUUUAGGUCCUUUGAGACAUACACACUCUUUUCUCCUUAGUUCCCCUGUCCCUAGCCAUUUAUUAAGCUGAGACUUCUUAGAGAAGUAUCUUGCUGGAAUUUCUUUCUCCCAGAAGGGGGAAAUAAUUCUAGAAUUUGACCACAGUCAUCAAACAAGCCAACCAGGUGAAUUAAAUGACCCUGUGACAUCUUUUAUUUGCUCCAUGUCUCACGGCCCUAGAACUGAUUUUGGAAACACUGCUUAUUUGUCCCUAUUGAAUUAGGAGCUACCAUCCUCCUUAUGGGCAAAAUCUCCAACUG